AUGUCGCUCGAGGACUCUUCUCCCCGUUCCGAAGCUGCCAAUGCUGCUACUCGGCCGCGGAGGAUCUGGACACCGGCCGAGGACGCAAUACUGAAAGCCCUUGUAUCCCAUUACGGUGACGCAAGGGGCCCGCAGAGCAGGUGGAAGGACAUUGCCGCAGGCCUGCAAGAUCGCACUGCCAAGGACUGUCGCAAACGCUGGUUCCACUCACUUGAUCCGUCAUUAAGGAAAGGCAGAUGGACACCACAAGAGGAUCAGGUCUUGUUGUCAGCAUACAACCGUCUAGGUCCCGCCUGGCAUGAUAUCGCUGUUCUCAUACCUGGAAGGAAAGACGACCAGUGUGCAAAGAGAUACAACGACAUUCUCAAUCCUCAGGCGAAAGACCGUCUGAGUCACUGGAGUCCCUUGGAAGACGAUAUCCUUAGAGAAGGCGUCCAGACACUGGGUCACCGCUGGUCCGCAAUAUCGGCUAAGCUACCCGGCCGCCCUCCCCUUACAUGUCGCAACAGGUGGAGGGCACUAUCCAGACACUCCAAGGGCUCGCCUUCAACUAGCACGCCGUCGUCAACAGCUUGCCAAAUGUCAGCAAGUGAGAAUGGUAUCUCACCCGAGACCCAGGACCUGGCUACACCAUCAGCUGCAAUCGAUGCAGAAAUGCCUAAUCAACUCGAUCUCGGCAACCUUAGUUCGGGCAUGAUCGACACCAAUACAAGUUUGGCAGAUGAUGCCAUGAACUUUGUGUCAGAUCCCGGACACUUUCCAGAGAUUUCCACGCAGUCUCACAUUACAGAGGACAAUGAUGCCAGUACCCUAGGCGUCAUUGAGGACACCGAAGCAACCCAACGCCAAUCAUAUCAAGGCGUGUCGUCCGACAGCUCUGACUGCGCUUCGACACCACCGAGAUCAGGAUGGGACACUGCCCCGGAAGUGCCGCUUGCUGGUCGACAACUCGGACCUCGAGGAACAGCAUCCAGACCAAGACCUACGCGGCCUCCACAGUCAUCAAACUCGAGUACAUAUUCAGAUACCCUGCUGCGCCACAGCAACAGCAAGUCGUGCAUCAUCAUCACCACUACCACCAUCAUCACCAUCAUCAUCAUCACCACCAUCAUCAACAGGAGUCCAAUGCACUUAGACAGUUUGAACAACAAGCUGAAGCACAGUCAAUGA